CGGAAGAAUUAUAUCAAGCUUGACGCAACCGCUGACAUCCUCCUCUCUGAUUGGCUGACUGCCUGACGCCGUACGUGCGUAGGCGCUUCCUCAACUUGACUCGCAGAAACAGCAAAAUAGAAGAUGUUGGUCCUGGUGUUAGGUGACCUGCACAUCCCCCACCGGUGCAACACCCUGCCAGCCAAGUUCAAGAAGCUGUUGGUACCGGGGAAGAUCCAACACAUUCUCUGCACGGGCAACCUCUGCACCAAGGAGAGCUAUGACUACCUGAAAACCCUCGCUGGAGACGUCCACAUAGUCCGGGGAGACUUCGACGAGAACCUGAACUACCCGGAGCAGAAGGUGGUGACAGUGGGCCAGUUUAAGAUCGGCCUCAUUCACGGCCACCAGGUGAUCCCCUGGGGCGACAUGGCCAGCCUGGCGCUGCUCCAGAGGCAGCUGGACGUCGACAUCCUCAUCUCCGGGCACACACACAAGUUCGAGGCGUUUGAAAACGAGAACAAGUUCUACAUCAACCCCGGUUCAGCCACAGGAGCCUACAGCGCACUGGAAAGCAACAUCAUCCCCUCUUUUGUAUUAAUGGACAUCCAGGCAUCUACAGUGGUGACGUACGUUUAUCAGCUGAUCGGUGACGACGUGAAGGUGGAGAGAAUCGAGUACAAGAAAUCUUAAAGAGAGUUUUGUGAGUUGAGGAGAGGCAGAAGGGAGGGGGGCGGUCAGUGUAACGUUUCAUUCCUAUUUUCCACCACCAGGGGGCAGCAGCAGCGUCCCCCUCACAGUCACCACAAUGUCGAUGCUGUAACAAACUGUUCAGUAACUUAACUCUAAAAGAUCUAUGUAUUAUAUUGUUUAUAUGUCAUCAGCAUUUGCUUGUAUCCAGGCUGUCAUUUGGUAACUGUAGAGAAUGCAAUAAUGUCAUAUGUAUUUGUUAUCAAAAGAAAUAUUCGGUGCCAUUUUCUGUUCCUUUUUUUUCUCUCUUCUUUUUUAAAAUUUUCACCCUUGUCAUGUCCUGUACAUGUAACCAACAGGCCUUUAGCUUCCUGUAGUCGGCCUUCUUUCAUUCAUUUCCUUCCCACAAUAAAGAUUUAAUUUCACUCCA